AUGCCCGAUCGGUUGGCCAGUCGAUGUGACCGAGAGGUCAGAGUGAGGUGACCCUCGGAUCGCAUAUCUAGGCCCUCCGACAGGAUGGGGCCAAGGGGCACUCCGUGGUUUUGGGGUUCUAUUUUAUGUUUAUUAUUGUAUUUUGCAUUUUGGUAUAUCUAAUAAAGACCUAAGGAGUAUGUCGGAAUUAGACGAUCCAGAACCGGCCACACUGCCAAAUAAAACUGGUAGCUCAGAGUGGUUCCGUCUAUUCCACAUCGCAACUCUAGGUAACCCAGCCCGGUUGGAAGAUGACUAGGUUGCGAGGUCUUCAGUUAGUCUUCGCGGCUCUCGACCAUUGUCGAGACAGUAGCUGUCCUCAACGGUAGCUCCUCCAGCCACGUAGAGAGCGGGGGGGAUGAGGCCGUUAUUAUAGCCGGCAGUCCGGAAUGCCGGUCUAUGGCGGUUUCUAAAUGGGGCCUCGUUUCGCUAGAUCCCAACCGGUCAUGGGAUGGGUUGUAGAUGUUCAUAUUUCUUAGGUUUAGUUAGAUAUACCUUUAAUUUCUAAAUUUUCUUUAUCCUACGGUAGUGUCCCUGGCCAGCCGCAUCUGGUCGACAAAAUUUCUGUCAGUAUUUACGACAGAGAGGCGCUGUAAAUUCAGGUACCCUCUGCCCGUAGUAAAAUUGGGUCGCCACUUGGCGAGCCAUUCGCCCGAUUUACGACAGAGAGGCAGCGCAACAGCAGUUGCCCUCUGCUGGGGUUGUAAAAGACGGUCGCGGCCCGUUAAGUCAUUAAUCCGUAAGGCCAAAGACGCGACCUGGCCACCAGACGGUGAGUUGACCUAUCGGUUGACACGCCCACAAGGAAGGCCAAAGAAGAGGAAGGCUCAGGAGAAUGGCCACAUCUACUCACCAACGUGGAACGUGACUUCAUAUCAUCAGCUCCCAAGGAAACCAUACCCUCAAGAAACUCCAGGUAAGUGAACUAUUUAUUAAACCCAGUUUGAUAGUAGGUAGCUUGCUGCACAUAGUUGAGCUAUUGAGUUCGUAGGUUUUUCAGGUUCACUGUUGUUUAUUUUUCUGAGUCUAUUCUUUUCUCUUUAGUGUAGUUAGUAUCUAUCAAAAAAAAAAUCCAAAAAAAUUUUAUCCGUGUAGUCAUGAAUUCUAAAUUUAAAAUUGAAAUUGACGAUCCGCUGCCCCCGGUCUUCACGACCGAGAAAGAGGCAAGCUAUAAGAGCGCCAUCUAUCGGUCCAUUUUUAGAAGGGGCCGACAGUUGGAAUCUCGAGUCGAGCACGGCUUCAGCCGGCUUGGCCAGAAUCAGCAAUUUGGCCAUGAAGAUUUCUGGCCUCAUUCGGUGCAGUAAUCUGACCGAGAUAAUGCGAAAGGACGGACAAGCCCGACGUUACAUCAAGACUGUUCCCGCUGAACGGCGUGCGACCUUUGAGGACGCCCUGUGUCAGUUUCGAAUACAUGAACAAUGGUCCGCAUAG